AUGGUGGCAAAAGACUAUCAAAAAACCAAAGGAUCUACUAAAGGCGAGGUAGGAGAGAUUGACACUAGUGCACCAUUUCAAUCAGUCAAAGAUGCUGUCUCUUUAUUUGGCGAAGGCGCCUUUUCAGGGGAAAAACCUGCCAUUAAAAAGUCGAAACCACGUUCUGCUGAAAGAGUGCUGGCAAAAGAGACUCAACUUCACUUGGCCGAGAAAGAGUUGAAUAAGUUGAAGGAACAAUUAAAAAAUGCUGACACCACUAAAGCACAGGCUCUUGUAGAGCUCGAUAGAGCUAAACAGGCUGUUGAGGAUCUUACGCAGAAGCUUAAAACUAUCAAAGAAUCAAAGGAUUCAGCAGUUAAGGCUACAGAAGCAGCUAAGCAUCAUGCAAAGCAAUUUGAAGAAUCUGGCAACAGCAAUUCAAAAGAAACUAAUGAAUCUUCAAAAAUGGAUCAAGAAACUGCACGGGUUCAGUACAUGGCUGUAAUGGCUGAACUUGAUGAGGAAAAGAAGGAGCUGCGGAAAAUUCGUCAGGAAUACGAUGCAUCUGUGGAAGCAAAAAAUACUGCCAUCAAGCAAACAGCAGAAGCCAAAAAUGCUACUAAAACAAACAUGGAGAGAGCCAAUGAGCUAUCAAAAGAAAUCGUAACUGUGCAUGAGUUGAUUCAGCAAGUGAAGAUGGCAAGUUCGCAAGCACAGGAAGAGGAAGCAAAGAUCUAUGCUGAGAAGGAUGUGUACAAGCAGUCAUAUAAAGCCAAACUUGAAGAAUCUGCAAACAAAUUGCUUUCUUUGAAGGAAGAUAUUAAUCCUGAACUCACGAUGAAGUUGGAGACUGACCUAGCUAAAAUUAUGUCAGAAAUUGAAGUGCUACGUAAAGAGAUGGAUAAUGCAAGGACUUCGGAUCUUGAUUCUGUGAAGACGGUUACUUCAGGGUUGGAUGGUGCUAAAGAAUCAUUACAAAAAUUGGCCGACGAGGGGAACUCUCUGAGAAGCCUGGUGGAGACCCUUAAGUUAGAAUUGGAUAAUGUUAAAAAAGAGCAUUCAGAAUUGAAGGAGAAAGAAGCAGAAACAGAAUCUAUUGCAGGUAAUCUGCACGUGAAGCUCCGGAAAGCCAAGUCCGAGCUCGAAGCAGCCCUUGUUGAAGAAGCCAAAGUACGAGGAGCUUCUGAUGAAAUGGUUGCUACAAUCCACCAGGUGUCGUUGGAGACGGAAAAUGCAAAACGUGAAGCUGAAGAAAUGAAACAGCAAGCAGAACAACUUAAGAAUGAAGCAGAAGCCACCGGAAUUGACUUAGAAGCAGCAGCAAAGAAACUGUUAGUUGCAUUGGAAGAAGCUGAAGAAGCGAAGGUGGCUGAGGCUAAAGCCCUAAAUCAAAUCAAGAUGCUGUCUGAGAAGACUGAUGCUGCACGUGCUUCGACUUCAGAGCCAGGUGCCCAGAUCACACUAUCAAGAGAGGAGUUUGAAUCGUUAAGCCGAAAGGUUGAAGAAUCUGAAAAAUUAUCAGAAAUGAAAAUUGCAGCUGCCAUGGCUCAGGUAGAAGCCGUGAAAGCGAGUGAAAGAGAGGCCCUUAAGAAGUUGGAUGCUACCAAGAAGGAGAUCGAGGAUAUAAAAGCUGCUACCAAUGAGGCACAGAAGAAAGCAGAGAUGGCAGAGGCAGCCAAGAAGGCGGUCGAGGGAGAGCUUAGAAGGCGGCAUGAACAGGAGCAAAAGAAGGCAGCAGAAGCAGCAGCUCAGAUUCUUGCAGAAACAGAGAAGUCAUUUCAAUCAUCUCCUCGUAUUUACCAAAUCCAAAAGCAGAAUCUACCAGAAAAAGCAAAGGAAAUGCGAAAACUAGAAAAAGCAAAGACUUCCUUGAGAAAGAAAGUUCUUAUGCCUAGUCUAAGUGGAAUAUUCAAGAAGAAGAACCAAGUGGAGGGUGCUUCUCCUUCUUACUUGCCUGGUGAGAAGCCCGUGUGGUAA